AUGACAUCUCCCAUCACAGUUGGAAAAUCUCCCAUCACAGUUAGAAACCUGGAGUUGGACGAUCAGACAAAGAUCGAAGAAGCACUGAGCAUAGGAAUGGCGAAGAAGUUUGUCAAUCACACAUUCAAAAGAGUAGAUGGCAUUUCUUCUCUUAUAUUCUUUGUGCUGGGCGGCUUGUACACUCUCAUAUCGGUCUUCACUGAGUUUAUGAGCGAAGGGAGGCUCCUGGAAGUACUAAACACAGACAAUGUUGUAAAAGCAUUCAUAUGCAUUCCAAUUGUGCUCAUGCUGCUGAAAAUCAUAUAUCUGAUGAAGAAACACCUGAGUGCAUUUGGAUUCAAGCAGGUAUCUACAGGAAAGUUCAUCGUAAUGUCACUAUACUUACUGACACUGCUGUUGAUGCUAUUGCUAAUUAUAUCAGGAAAACUUAAGUUUGAUAGAAAAGCAGUGCCUAUAGGCAUAUCAAUUAUGGCUUUCUUUAGCAUGGUGGUUUCAAACGAAUUUGUAGAGUUCAGGAAGCAGAAAGACAGAAACUACGUAGACUAUUUUAUUAUAAUUGGUGCCGCGUUCAUAACCAUCGACUGGAUUCUGCGUAUAGUAAGUGUAGUACUAGAUGCAUACUAUGAAAAAAGAGCAAUAACAUCAGAGAAUGCUGCCUGGUAUCUAAAGUUAGAGUCGUAUUCCAAUGGGUUCCACAUGACUACAAUAUUCCUAUUGCUUGCAUUUCCGCUGAUUCAAAAUUUUUUGUGCGAAGUAGAUGCGCUUUUUGAAGAAACAACAGACGAGCAGUUCCAGAUACUCAAUGUUCUAUGCAUUAUAGCUCUUGUGUUUGGCAUUCUGGCUAUCAUAAUGAAGGCAGAAAUAUUUAGCAAACAUAUAUCUAAAAAAAUUUCUGAUAAAUUCAUUGCUAGGCUUAACACAUUACCUUCUUAUGAUAAGUGA